AUGGAGCUCCUUCGCUGUGCGGCGCAGAUCUGCUGUGGGGAGAGCCCGGCCCAACCCAAGCCAGGGGUCUUGGGGUCCACGGCCGCGCCAGUUCCUUCAGUGGCACCCCCCAGCCAGGUUACCCUGACCGGUCGGAGGAAGAGUCUGUUGGUGGGCAUUAAUUACUUUGGCACCCAGAACGAGCUCCAUGGCUGCGUCUCCGACGUCCAACGAAUGUUGCCGCUCUUGGACCAGCUUGGGUUCCCCAGCAACGCAGAGAGCCGGAGGGUAAUGGUGGACACGCCGGACUGGCCACAGCAGCUCCACCCCACGCUGGCCAACAUGAGACAGGGCAUCGCCUGGCUGACCCAAGAUGCGCAGCCGGGGGACUCUUUGCUGUUCCAUUACUCCGGACAUGGCGGCCGCAUGCCCCGCACAGAUGGGCGGAGUGAGUUUCACGAGACGCUCUGCCCUGUGGAUAUGGAUGCCGCGGGCAUGCUCUUGGACUCUGAGCUCUUUGAGACACUGGUGCGGCCUCUCCCCAGCGGCUGCCGACUCACGUGCAUCCUCGACAGCUGCCACAGUGGUGGCGUGCUGGAUCUGCCCUUUAUCUUCGUGGGCACGCAGGAGAAUUUGGCCUCUGCCUUGGCGGGGGAAGCUGCGCAGAUGGCGAUGUCGAAAAAUUGGCUUCAGGAUUGGCAAGCUUGGAAGGACAGCGACGACCCUGCCAUGCUGCUUUCAGAUGUGGCUUCCAUGGGGAUGGACCUGUGGGGCCUUUGGGGCAAAUACAAUGAGACGCGGGGUGCCAACGAGCAGGGUUUUCGCACCGACGAGGCCGAGAAUGCUGGCAUUGCUGUGGGCGAAGUGGUGGCCUUCACGGGCUGCGCCUCCGAACAAACCAGCGCUGAUGUAGGAGACGUGGGCUCGCAGUUCCAGCCGCCAGUUCAAAGAUGGGGGGGAGUUGCGCAGGGGCAUGACGUAGAGGCCUCGUGUGAAGGGACCUGGAGAUAA